UUUACCUCUAAUCCCUUAAAACAGACGAUAUAUUAUUGUAAGAUAAUUAAUGGAGAGAAUCUAAGAGAUAAUUAAAAAUAUUAAGGGUGGCCAUUUUUCCCCCUCUCAGUAUACAAGAUUGUUGGUGCAAACAAUGUGGUAUUUGUCUUUACUAAAAAAACGGAAUAUCCAAAUUCAAAAAAAGUUUUAGUUAAAUUGUGAAAUUUACUCUUGUGGUCUGUGGGGUGAUGAACCUGUCAAAUAUGUUUGGGCAUUCAGUGUGUCUGGAUAGAUCAAGGUGAUCAGUAAGGAUCAGUAAAUAAGUCAAUAUAUUAUAUUUUUCUGUAAUAUAAAGUACAUGUAAUAAUUAGACCCAAAACUUGCAAAAAAUGUAAUAUACUUUAUACACAAUGGGUAAACCAGUUGUGUCUUAUGAUGGUUAGAAACUUGCCUAGAUUUCUAGUGGCUGGGAGGCUGUCUGGCAACUGCUGGCAUCUAUUGAAAAUAGAAAUAAGCAUUGAACUUGUCUGCAUUGUGGCGCUUUGCAAGACAGAUUCCGUUACUUUAACAUUUCAACACAUACAUUUGCUGAUCAUACAGCGAUUCUUUCACGUAAUUCAGACCCCUCAGCACAACAUCUGACUGAAUUAACAGAUCUGGAAAAUUCACACCACGGCCGUUGGAUGGGUCAAUGAGAACUCCAUAGCUGCCACCGAAGCUGCCAUACAAUGAAGUUCUUCAACAUGCGCAUCUGGUACAUGGCUUUAUCACACGUUUAGUUUCUCCAGAUAGGAGAGUCCUAUCCGCUCAUGGUAGAUAGUGUGAACACCGUGAGGUUCGGUGUAGAAGCCACCACAUCCACAGACUAAUCAAACAGCCGACUUCUCCCGCUUGCCUCGUCCGAAGGGAUGAAAGGUGGAAGGAUUGUCUGGAGAGAAGAGCCGACCCGUCAUGCACGAUGACAACCCGCAUGAGCACACACAAUGGAUUUUAGACACAGACAAUGACUGCUCAUAAACAAUGUUCUAUAUAAUCCGGAUCGCCAGGAGGAAGGAAGCAGUCCUUACGUCUAACCUCAAGUGCAAACAUGUUUUUGACAAGCAGUGUAGGAACAAUAUCGGUGUGGCUGUUAUUAUGGAUGAAUGCGGUCAAAUGUGAGGAAAAUGCCGCAAAUGCUGCUACCGUACCCGACUGCAAAAACGGAACAUGCGUCAACACCACAUUCACACCUCCUCCGGCCAGUUCGAUGUCGAGGCUGCUCCCGUCUGCGGCCGUUUUGAGCAACGACACGAAAGAAACGUCUGCUUCUUUCGUAGACAUAAUUACAACUCCGGAGACGGACGCGUCGUUGGGCCUCUCGGCGUUUUCCCAAUUCGCUCAAACUUCAGAUCACGCGAGCUUCAACCCGAGCCCUUUCUUGGGGGUGAUACACGACAAAGGGUUUCCCAGGGGGGUGGCCGUGGGGGAGGUCUUUCCGGACACGGUGGGCGAAAAGCAUCUCUACCAGAACAAAUACCUCCUGCACCACAAAGGCUACCACCACGUGGAGGGUCUGAAACACAGGCCGGACCCUUUUGCGCAGAUACUGACUAAUCACGAGGCCAAACCGACGCCGGAAACGGUGGUGAAAAGUACCUAUCCGCCUAUUUACAAGACGGAGUUUCGCCCGACGGUGCAGACUUUGUACACCUCGACCAAGACCCCCGAGUACCCGUUCGUCUUCCCCGACAAGCAUUUCCCGACGGGCGGUAGCAAAUUCUCCAUCACAGAAUACAAACCGCCAUUCCACGGUUAUCAGCAUUCAGAGAAGCCGAUCAGCGAAGAACAAGACGACAUCCCUUUCGGCCACGACGACCGUCCCAAAUUCCCUGUCUACACACACCACGGAUUAGCGCCCUUCGACGAACACAAAAAGCACCUAGAACCCAAAAAUAACAAAUGGAAGAGUGUGUUGAAACUCUUGGCGACUGUGAUACCCUUUGGACUUCUUGUCGCUGCCUUCAGCCCGAGCAUCCUCGUCGUCAACGCAACCGAGCCUCCAGCAUCCACGAAGACCAAUUACCGAUCUCUUGAAGGGAUUCGCCUCCCGGUCCCACCAGCAGGAGUGAACAUCACACAUUGCCAGAUGAAGGAAAUUUGCGAAGGAAUCUAUUUGGCCGAGAAGAACUAUCAACCUUACUUGAAAACGUUAAUUAAAAGAUCCGGAGGCGUGCUGAAAGAAAUCGCUGAAAUAUCAGCGGCCGGCGAUUGUUCUCAAAUCCCCUGCAAAAAGUGAUCAUGUAUAUAUAUCUUAAAAUUGUAUAUAUUGUAGUAUUUU